GCGCGUGCUUGCGGGCCGGUCACGUGCCCCGCGUGGGGCGUUCCGGGAAGGGCCGGGAGAUGCUGCGGCAGCUGGAGAAGCUCCCGCCGGGACGGGCCCUCGAGUUCCUUCAUAAAACAGUUGAUGGCAUAUGUGGCCGUGCAUAUCCUCGAUACCAGGAUUAUGGCAGUAUUUGGAGCUUGUCGGAGUGGAUGGAGGUUUUAGAAGAAACCGUGACAUAUUUCAAAACUGCAGUUGGCAAAAACAUAUCUGAUGAAGAGGCUGCUCAGCAGAUAAAUGAAUUAAAUUCAAACUAUCAAGAAGCAAUCACAAAAUGUCUAAAAGGCAGAAAGGAAGAAAUCAGGAAUGCGCUAGUGGAAAGAGUAAAUGCAAUCUCUUCUGCUCAGCUGCAGGAUUUUGACUGGCAGUUAAAGCUUGCUCUCUCCAGUGAUAAGAUCUCCGUGCUGCAGAUGCCACUUCUCAAUCUUGAUUUGGAUGUGAGAGAAAAUGGUGAAAUUAAACCAGUUUCUAUAGAGAUGAAUAAGGAGGAGUUGCAAAACCUAAUAAACACUCUGGAAGCUGCUAAUAAGGUUGUCUUGCAACUGAAAUGAUGGAAUUCAAGUCAUUGACAGUAUCUGGUGGUGAUGGCUCCCCGAUUGACUUUAGGGGGGAAAAAAAAAUGUUCUCUGCAAAGCCAGAAGUUGUUGAUACUGUAAAAUACUGAAGUGAGAAGGCUGUUAUGACUUGUGCCCAAAUAAACAAUAAUCUUUUGAUAAAAAUAAUAGAAUCUUGUAUCUGUUUGACCACAAAUAGAAAAAUCCAAUGUACAGUUGCUUUUAGUACUAAAGAUGUAUAGAACUAUGCAAAAACAUCACUUACCUUGUGCCAUGUACAGGUGCCUGGUAAAACCAAGGCUUACUUACAUAAUAUGUUAUCCUUAUCUAAGGUGCCAUGAUAAUGAAGAACAUAAUGGAGUACUUGUAGCAUUAAUGUGUUUAUACUUGUAAAUAGUAAAUAAACACUUGAUUUUGUGUGAA